AAGCAAAUUCAUAGUUAUCUAUUUUAGAAAAUCCUUUAUUUAUUCUUUUAUUAUUUAAAAUAUAUAUGAUAUAAUAAUUACUCUUUAUGUAUUGUACCUCCUUUAUGAGAAUAGUAUAAAUUAAACAUUACAUAAACCAAUAUAAAAUAACACUGUACUUAUUUGCAUCCAUUUUUAAAAAUUAGUUGGUAAUGGUAAGGUAGCAUGAAAACAUACCUUUCAUGUUUAGUCUGACAAAUAACACUAGAAAAAGAUAUAAAGUAACUUUUUAAUUUAAAAGAAUCGAUUAUGAAAAAAAAAUAUUAAAAAAGUAUAAAGUGGUUAUAUCUCAAUGGAUUCUUACCAAUUUCGUUAUCUACCUAAUACAGGUUAAUGCGUCACAAAUCGUUUGCUGCAAUACGAUCCUUAAUUUUUUUAAUUGGUGAAAUCGUAAAAAGUUAAGAUAUAUAUCUUCGAAAAUUCGGAUAAUUAUAUUUACAAGAAAUCAAAUCAGUGACAUACAAUGAGUUCAGAUAAUGAAGAAUUAAUGUUGACAAACGAAGAAGAUGAUCUUCUUGAUGAAAUAUUAUGUAUGAAUACGAAUUUAAAACCACAUGCACAAUCGAAAAAGCAUGUAAAAAUAGAAGAUAAAUCAACAAAUAAAAAUAAUUGUAUAAAUGAACCUGAAUGUCAAACAAAAGAAUUAAAAAUUCAUGAUGCUUCACAAACUAAAAAAAAUCCAAAUAGCGGAGAAUGCCCUAAAUAUAAAAACAGUGAACAAUCUAGCAAACAUGAGGAUAAUGCUGCAUCAAUUCAUCAAAAUGUAAACAAAAGGCCAAGAGAUACGUCAACAUUGGAUACACGAAAUCCUAAAAUCUCAUGUCUUAGACAUCGCGAUGAUUCAAGUUCUACAACUAAUAAUACCAAAUUAUAUUCAGGAGAAAACAAUAAAAAACAUGUAGAAUAUGAAACUGAUCCUACAAUACUUGCACGCAGACAAAAAGAAAUAGAUUAUGGAAAAAAUACUAUUGGAUAUGAUCGAUACAUUCAAACUAUUCCUAAAGAGCAACGUACAAGAGAACAUCCAAGAACUCCUCCAAAAUACAUUAAAUAUAGCAGAAGAGGAUGGGAUGGAAUGAUUAAAUUAUGGAGGAAACAGCUUCACAAUUGGGAUCCUCCACAAGAAAAUGAAAGUAAUGAUAGUUAAUAAAAUUGGUCAUUUUUAUAAGAAUACAAUAGAAAUAAGAUACUGAGAUAUAAUUAAAACAGUAUUAUGUUAUGAUAAAUUAUGAAACUAUAUACAAAAUUGUUCAUAAAUAUUGUCAUUUUAACUUCAUUUCAAGCUUCUCAAGUAUAGCAUCUAAUUUUCGAUUAAUAUUCUGUUCAAUUUCAUUUAAUCUAUGCAUAGUUCUUGUUUCCAUUUCAUGAAACUUGUUAUUAAUAUAUGUUUCAAUGUUUGUAA